GAUUUGGAAAGAUAGUGAAGAGGAGGAGGAGGAGAGGCAGCGGGAAACCCAGCCCACCCUUUGGCUUCCUCCUGCCUCCUUCUAAAACCUGCAGAUUCCUCCAGCCCGUCUAAGAGCCUGAAGUUUCCUCAGCCCUGCUGCCGGGACUGCGAGGGAUUGCGGAAAGAUGAGGGCCUGGAUUUUCUUCCUUCUCUGCCUGGCAGGCAAAGCCCUGGCAGCUCCGCAAGAGGCUCUGCCCGAUGAGACAGAGGUCAUCGAAGACCCCACCACAGAGGAGCCCGUGGGGGCUAACCCUGUCCAGGUGGAGGUGGGAGAGUUCGAGGAACCCACAGAAGAUGUAGAGGAGAUUGUUGCGGAGAACCCCUGCCAGAACCACCACUGCAAGCACGGCAAGGUGUGCGAGGUGGAUGACAACAACUCACCCAUGUGUGUGUGCCAGGACCCCUCCAGCUGCCCAGCCACUGCCGGCGUCUUCGAGAAGGUCUGCGGCACCGACAACAAGACCUACGACUCCUCCUGCCAUUUCUUUGCCACCAAGUGCACCUUGGAGGGAACCAAGAAGGGACACAAGCUGCACCUGGACUACAUUGGGCCUUGCAAAUUCAUCCCUGCCUGCCUGGACACAGAGCUGACCGAGUUCCCCCUGCGCAUGCGGGACUGGCUCAAGAACGUGCUGAUCACCCUGUACGAGCGCGAUGAGGACAACAACCUGCUGACCGAGAAGCAGAAGCUCAAGGUGAAGAAGAUCCAUGAGAAUGAGAAGCGCCUGGAGGCCGGUGACCACACUGUGGAGCUGCUGGCCCGUGACUUUGAGAAGAACUACAACAUGUACAUCUUCCCUGUGCACUGGCAGUUCGGGCAGCUGGACCAGCACCCCAUUGAUGGGUACCUGUCCCACACUGAGCUGGCCCCGCUCCGUGCCCCUCUCAUCCCCAUGGAGCACUGCACCACCCGCUUCUUUGAGGCUUGCGACCUGGACAACGACAAGUACAUCGCUCUGGAGGAGUGGGCCAGCUGCUUCGGCAUUAAGGAGCAGGACAUAGACAAGGAUCUUGUGAUCUAAAGCCCCAGCUUCCUCCUCUGCUGCCAACUUUGUCUUGUUUUAACCUUCCCACUUCCUUUGGUUUUUAAACCGCUUUUGUUUUGUUUUGUUUUUCCCUGGGAACAAGGUGCUAAUAUAGAUCUAAACAUACGUAGUAACGGUGCUAAGAGAAAUAACAGUCCUCGUUCAUAGCCUAAUCUAUUACCACUAGAUUACUCACUUGGCUGUUUCCACACGCUCUUACCAGCCUUUUCUCUCUCCGACGUGUCUUUACCACGGACCGACCCUGUACCUGUCCUAAAUAUCCGCUCCAUCUCCAUAUCCGCUCUCGGAUCGACUUCUCUUAACUUCUUACUAACAGCAUAGAUCGCCAGCGAGGGAAGGCAGAGCUGGAGGAUGUAGGAGGAUUGGGCUUUUGGAGCAGAGCAGCUGCGGGUGACAUUGCGGUCACCCAGCUCGUGGUAGGGGGGAUGGAGAGGGGUGAGAAAGACGCAGAGUGGCAGGAUUUCAUUUCCCUUUUUUUUUUUUCCCAUUCAUUCCC